CGGGAAGAAAAAAAACCUCGACGGUCCGGUUCUCAUCUUCUUUUGGUUGCUUGUUCUUCUGAAGUCGCGGUUGAGGGUCGAAUUUGAUCAGCAGAGUAGAAAGAAGGACUGAGAUGGCAGCGAAAUCUUCUGGGGCGCACCCGGACUCGUCGUUCAACGAUCUUUUACAGCCCGUGUACCAUGGCAAAGGUCUUAGCGAUCCCAUCAAAACUGCAGAGGACAAAUGGCUACUCCUGCCAGCUUUCCUCAAAAUCAAAGGCUUGGUGAAACAGCACUUGGACUCGUUCAACUACUUUGUGAACGUCGACAUCAAAAAAAUCGUCAAAGCAAACGAGAAAGUAGUGAGCGAUGUUGAUCCAGAGUUCUACCUCAAAUACCUCGACAUCCGCGUCGGAAUGCCUCAGCGGAAAGAGCAAAACAGUUUGAACACGAACAUCCACCCGCAUGAAUGUCGACUUCGCGAUUUGACCUACGCUGCGCCGAUUUUCGUGGACGUCGAGUACACCCGAGGGAAAAAGAUUGUUGUUCGCAAGGGGCUGGAGAUCGGUCGGAUGCCGAUCAUGCUGAGAAGCGCCCGAUGCGUGUUGACGGGGAAGAACGAGCAGGAGAUGGCGACUUUGAUGGAGUGCCCUUUGGAUCCUGGUGGAUAUUUCAUCGUCAACGGCACGGAGAAGGUGAUUCUAGUCCAGGAGCAGCUGAGCAAAAAUCGAAUUAUCGUCGAGGCGGAUGAGAAGAAAGGGAUCUUUCAGGCGUCGGUUACGAGUUCUACUCACGAGCGGAAAUCGAAAACCUACAUUCUUACCAAACACAACAAGAUUUAUCUGAAGCACAAUUCAAUCGCAGAAGACAUUCCUAUUGUUUUGGCCCUGAAAGCCUGUGGAAUUCCCUCUGAUCUCGAGAUUCUCCAACUAGUCGCCGGGUCGGACUUGCGAUACCAGGAGGUAUUCUCAAUCAACAUGGAGGAGUGCGCAAAGCUGAAUAUUUUCACCCAGCAGCAAGCUCUUGAGUACAUUGGAUCGAAGGUCAAGACCAGCCGUCGUCCGAUGAGCCCUAGACUGACACCGCUGCAGGAGGGUAUUGAAGCGCUUGCGAAUACUGUGAUUGCACAUAUUUCGGUCAACGAUCUUGACUUUCGCGAGAAAGCAAUCUACAUGGCGAUCAUGACGCGUCGGGUUGUGAUGGCUAUGGUGAACCCUCAGCUCGUUGACGACAGAGACUAUGUCGGAAACAAGCGACUGGAACUGGCAGGCCAGCUCCUGUCUCUUUUGUUUGAGGAUCUGUUCAAGAAAUUCAACCAGGACUUCAAGACGAGUAUCGACAAAGUGCUCAAGAAGCCGAACCGGACAAGCGAGUUUGACGCGCUCAUGAACAUCACUAUCCACAGCAACAAUAUCACAACCGGUAUGAACCGCGCAAUCUCGACCGGAAACUGGUCAUUGAAGCGAUUCAAGAUGGAGCGCGCGGGUGUUACGCAUGUACUUAGUCGGCUGAGUUAUAUCAGUGCGUUGGGAAUGAUGACGCGUAUUUCCAGUCAGUUUGAGAAGACUAGAAAAGUGUCUGGUCCUCGUGCUUUGCAGCCAUCGCAGUUUGGAAUGUUAUGUCCGUCCGAUACUCCCGAAGGUGAGGCCUGUGGUCUUGUGAAGAACUUGGCACUUAUGACACAUAUCACGACCGACGACGAAGAAGAGCCAAUUAAAAGGCUAGUCCACGUCCUUGGCGCGGAAGGAAUCUCGACAAUCACAGGCCACGAGCUGCAUGCGCCGGGUGCAUAUGGAAUCUUUCUCAACGGUACUUUGCUGGGAAUAACCCGCACACCGAUCAAGUUCGUGCAGAGAUUUCGAAGUCUGCGGCGGAAGGGACGAGUGUCGGCUUUUAUCAGUCUGAAUGUCAAUCAUCACCAUAAAGCUGUGCAUAUUGCUACAGAUGGUGGACGGAUCUGUCGGCCGUUGAUUAUUGUUGAGAAGUCAAAGUCGUUGGUUACGCCGAAACAUAUCGAGGCUUUGAAAGAAGGACGGAUGGUGUUUGACGACUUUUUAAAGAAGGGACUGGUGGAAUAUCUCGACGUGAACGAAGAAAACGACUGCAUGAUUGCCAUCUACGAGCACCAGAUCACCAAGAACACUACUCACCUGGAAAUCGAGCCGUUCACAGUCCUCGGAGCGGUCGCCGGUCUGAUUCCUUAUCCUCAUCAUAACCAGUCGCCUCGUAACACCUAUCAAUGUGCGAUGGGUAAGCAAGCUAUUGGCGCUAUUGCAUACAACCAGCUGCAAAGGAUCGAUACUCUGCUAUACCUGAUGGUGUAUCCGCAGCAGCCUAUGGUGAAGACGCGUACAAUUGAACUCAUUCAGUAUGAUAAGCUUCCCGCGGGUCAGAAUGCUACGGUUGCGGUGAUGAGUUAUUCAGGCUAUGAUAUCGAGGAUGCGCUGGUGUUGAACAAGGCUUCGAUCGAUCGUGGAUUUGGCCGAUGCCAGGUUUUGCGGAAGAAUACGACGACGCUGAAACGGUACUCCAAUCAGACGCACGAUCGUCUGGAUGGAAUCAAGAAGGAUCAGGAAGGAAACCCGAUCUACAAGCAUGCUAUUCUCGAGAACGACGGUUUACCGGGCGUGGGUGAGCAGGUUGUCAACGGUAUGGUUUACGUGAAUAAGCAGGUGCCUACGAAUGCCUCUGAUAGUAUGCUUGGUACAUCAGGCGGACCGACUGCAUCUGCAGACGAUUACAAGGAUAGUCCGGUUGUGUACAAGAACCCCGAACCGAGUUACAUCGACAAAGUGCUACUGACGGCCUCGGAGUCGGAGCAGCCGCUAGUGAAGGUCUUGCUACGGCAGACUCGUCGGCCCGAGCUGGGUGAUAAAUUCUCGUCUCGUCACGGACAGAAGGGUGUGUGUGGAAUUAUCGUGCAGCAGGAAGACAUGCCGUUUUCGGACUCUGGAGUGUGCCCCGAUAUUAUCAUGAACCCGCACGGAUUUCCGUCGCGUAUGACGGUCGGGAAGAUGAUUGAGCUUGUGUCCGGAAAGGCGGGUGUUGUUGAUGGCUCGCUGCAGUACGGAACUGCUUUUGGCGGCAGCAAGCUUGAAGAUAUGUCGAAGAUCUUGAUUGAGAAGGGGUACAGCUAUUCCGGAAAAGACAUGCUUACUUCGGGUGUAAGCGGCGAAUGUCUGCAGGCGUACAUCUUUUUCGGACCGAUUUACUACCAAAAGCUGAAGCACAUGGUGUUGGACAAGAUGCAUGCGCGCGCCCGCGGUCCGCGAGCGGUGCUGACGCGCCAGCCUACGGAAGGUCGAUCGCGCGACGGUGGUUUGAGACUGGGAGAGAUGGAGCGCGAUUGCUUGAUUGCGUACGGCGCGUCGCAGCUACUGCUCGAGCGACUGAUGCUGUCUUCGGAUGCGUUUGAGGUCGACGUCUGUGGCGAGUGUGGACUGAUGGGCUACAACGGAUGGUGCACGACUUGCAAGUCUGCAAAGAACGUGUACAAGCUUACGAUUCCGUACGCGGCUAAGCUUCUUUUCCAGGAGCUGUUGUCGAUGAAUGUCGCGCCGCGGUUGAAGCUGGCGGAUGCGUUUUGAUGUAGUAAUGAUGAUGUUUGCAUGUAGCAGGUAGUUAAUAGAGCAGAGCAGAGUUGAUAAGUGAAGGAGGAAGACACGUGAGCGUAAGUUAACAACGG